UUUCAGUUGUACAUACAAAAAUUAAAUAAUAAUAAUCAACAGAAAAACUUGCAACGAUAUCUGAAGUAAUGUUUAUAUAUGAAAGCAGUCACGUUUUGAAGUACGGGGUCGCACUCGGACAGGGUGGAUUUAAUUUAGCAUUAAAAACCAGAAACUCCGCCGACCCGGCCCACUCAGGUACCCACAACGAGCGUGCCCUGCAGAGUGCAUCCAGACGGGAACUGUCAUCUGGAGAUUCAACCCGCACUGUAGCCUCUGACCACCUCGACACACACCCGGAAGGCGUGAGGGGAAAACUACAAAACGGCAGAAUGAAUCGUUUCAAGACAUCAAAAUUCAAAAAUACCACCCCGAAAAUUGCCAAGAAAGAUGGCUGGAUCUGCAACAUCCGUGCCGGUAACGUCCAGUCCCUGGGAAACCACAUCAAGGCCAGCUCCGAGCUCGUGGCCUUCAACAUCGACCAGGCUGGUGGCGGUAUGCUGGGAGUGACCUCCGUGAGUCCAGCAGCAGACGGAAAAUGGACCAUCUCUCAGCUCCCGUGCCAUGGAGAUCUGGUGACCGACCUGGACUUCUCUCCCUUUGACGAUGCCCUCCUGGCGACCUGCUCUGCCGAUGAAACGGUCAAGCUGUGGCGCCUCUGUAGCCCAGAGAAGGACCAGCCCGGGGGGCCAGAGCUCACCCUGAGCCCUGGGCUGGGCCGACUGGAGCUGGUCCUCUUCCACCCGACGUCCUCCGGCCUGCUGGCCGUCGGGGCCGCCCAGUCCGCCCUGCUGUGGGACACCAGCCGCCAGGACGCCCCGCUCGCAGUGCUGGAGAAGCAUGAUGACAAGUUGCAGAGUCUGAGUUGGAAGCAAGAUGGCUCUCUGCUUGCAUCUUCCUGCCUGGACAAAAUGCUCAGAGUGUUUGAUCCCAGGGCCCAGCUGUCACCUGUUCAGAGCGUCAAGAAUAUGCACAGCAGCAAAGGCUCCCGCGCUCUCUGGGCGAGAGACGACUACCUGCUGACCACGGACACGCACCGUGGUCGGGAGGUGAGGCUGUGGGACAGCAGGAAGCUUGGCUCCGCCCUGGGAUCCGUGUCCGUCAGCGACUCCAGCGGGACUCUGAUUCCCAUGUUCGAUGCGGACACUGGCCUGCUUGUCGUGAGUGGAAUGGGGGACCCCAUCUUCGACUGCUUUGAGGUCACAGCUUCUGAACCCUACCUCUCCCAAGUGAGCCACUUCCUGGCGACCACGCCCACCCGGGGGGCGUGCGCGGUCCCCAAGAUGGCGAUGGACACGCUCUCCUGCGAGGUGAUGCGUGUGUUCCAGCUGACGGACAGCUGCAUCGUGCCCAUCAGCUACCAGGUCCCCCGCAAGUCGAGCCAGGAGUUCCACGCUGACCUGUACCCGGACACCGCGGGCCGCACCCCAGCCCAGUCAGCCCAGGAGUGGUGGCAGGGAGAGAACGCACAGGUGGACAAGGUCAGCCUCAACCCGGAUAAACAACCCAAAGCGAAGGCGGCCAAUCCGACGGCCCUGCCGAAGAAACUGCCGAGUGGGCGGAGCAAGGAGGAGGCCGCCCCGGGCCUGUCCGCCUCCAGCAGCACCCUGAGCAGCGCCAGCAGCAGCGCCGCACCGAGCCGCUCGCCCUCCUCCUCCUCAGGCCUGUCCACGGGCCCCGGGCCCCGCCCCAGCCCCGCACCCGCACCCACACCCGCACCCGGGCCCAGCCAGAGCGUCAAGGCCAUCCAGAACCUGAUGGGUCCCAGCUCCAAGUUCCGCCACAUCCAGGGCUCGGUGCGCCACCGGGACGCCCACAUCACCAACCUGAAGGCGCUGAACCUCACCACGCCCGGGGAGAGCGACGGCUUCUGCACCAACGCCCAGAGGGUCGCAGUGCCGCUGUCUACCCCCGGGGGGCAGAUCGCCGUCCUGGAGCUCUCCAAGCCCGGGAAGCUCUCGGACACCUUCCUGCCCACCGUCCAGAACACGGUCAACGUGGCCGACCUCUGCUGGGACCCCUUUAACCCCUGCAGGCUGGCCGUGGCUGGCGAGGACGCUAAGAUCCGUGUGUGGACGGUUCCAGAGGGAGGACUGACGGAGACCCUGACGGAGCCCGACCUCCUCCUGCAGGGCCACACGGAGAAGAUCUACUCCAUCCGGUUCCACCCGUUGGCCAGCGGGCUGCUGGUGUCCUCCUCCUACGACCUGACCGUCCGGCUCUGGGACCUGGGGACGGGCCAGGAGGUCAAGGUGCUCUCGGGACACCAGGACCAGAUCUUCGGUCUGGGCUGGAGCCCCGACGGCAAGCUGCUGGCCACCGUCUGCAAGGACGGGAAGGUCCGCGUCUACGACCCGCGCAAGUCCACCGCACCGGUCGAGGAGGGCCCUGGUCCCGGGGGCCACAGGGGGGCCCGUGUGGUGUGGGUGUGUAAGGGGGAGUACUUCCUGGUGUCUGGAUUUGACAGUAACAGCCAGAGGGAGCUGUCCCUGUACUCCGUGGGGGCCUUGGCCUCCGGGCCCCUGGCCACCACCGAGGGGGACGUCUCCCCCUCCACCCUCAUCCCCUUCUACGACCCCGACACCAGCCUCCUCUUCCUCACCGGCAAGGGAGACACGCGCGUGUGCAUCUACGAGAUUGUUCCGGAGCAGCCCUACUUCCUGGAGUGCAGCAGCUUCAGCUCUCAGGAGCCCCACAAGGGUCUGACCUUCCUGCCCAAGACGGCGUGUGACGUGCGUGAGGUGGAGGUGGCCCGGGGGCUGAUCCUCACCAAGACCACCAUAGAGCCGGUGGCCUUCAAGGUGCCCCGCGUCAAGAAAGAGUACUUCCAGGACGACCUGUUCCCGGAGACGGCCGUGUGGUGGGAGUCCUCCCUCUCCUCCUCUGAUUGGCUGGCUGGCUCCAAUGGGAAGCACCGCACCAUCAAGCUCCGCCCAUCGGACAUGGCCCCCGUGAGCGAGGCCCCCAAGGAGGUGCCGGUGAAGAAGUACAUGCCCUCCUCCUACUACCUGGAGGAGAAGACGGACGAGCAGAAGAAGGACGAGCUGCUGAGUGCCAUGGUGGCCAAGCUGGGGAACAUGGAUGACCCCCUCCCUCAGGACGGCUUCGAGGGCGUGGACGAGGACGAGUGGGAUGACUAGAGGCAGCUGGUGGUGGUGGUGGUGGUGGUGGUGGUGGUGGUGGUUCUGCUGCCACGACAGGACGCGCCACCACCAGAGGGAGCUAGAGAGCCUGUAUGUUGCCAUUCCUGCGUUCUCCGGUGUCGCUGUCCUGCGUCUGAUAUGUUGUCUCCCGUUGCCUCCCUCGAUGCCAGGAACACACCGUAACUAAAACAGCAAUACCUAAAGCAGCCUGCAGGCGGUCUUCCAGGGCCUCGCAACCAAUAAUUAAUUCCAUAAGUCCCCACUAGGGGGCGGUAACAGCGAUAGCAUUCAGUGGAUUUCUAUAAGCGGGUGGACGGAUGGUGUGUGUGCAUGUACAAGCUUACCUCCGUCGUGUCCGGACAUGGUGGUCGAUCUCAAGCACAGCAUGAUUUGUUUUCAGUGUCCGGUGACAGGAUCCCGUUCCACCACAACGUGUCUUUGAAUUGUCCAAGAGAUUACACACCUUCUUUGAGAUUCCUUGUUUCAGACGACUGAAUAGCAUGUGUUUGUAAAAGAAAUUCACAUAAAACUGUGACUUUCCACUCACUCACCGUCUUCCCCUUCGGUGCACAACCUCUGAACCUAUGCAUAAAUAGGUAGCGCACAAACACACACACACACACACA